AGUUACUGAAAAAUUUCAGAUGGUUUAUUGCAUCUAGCAACGAGUUGAAUUGAAAUCGGUAGCGGCAAUUUGUCAAUUAAAAUACUGUACAUUUGUCGCGAAAUCUGCCAAGCGGCUUUAGACGUGGCAGUGAAAUUAUUGAGUAGUGGUCGGAAAUUACGAUAAAGGUAAACCCUAGCUCUGGAAUUGAAUCCCAAUUCUCUUCUCAUCUCCUGCUCCACUCCUCUCCUUCAAAGCAGUGAUGGCGAAUUCGAAUUUCGGCUUCCCGAUCUUCAUUCUCGCCGCUCUGUUGCUGGCCUCCUCGACGAUCGCCACCUCCCAAGCUCCAUUCAUCGUCGCCCACAAGAAGGCCUCUCUCACUAGCCUCAAACCCGGCUCUGAACGCGUCUCCGUCUCCAUCGAUAUCUACAAUCAAGGAUCCGCGACUGCUUACGACGUGACACUUCACGAUGAUAACUGGUCUAGUGAUGUAUUUGGCAUUGUCGCUGGUAACACAUCAGUCUCCUGGGAAAGGCUUGAUGCUGGGGUAGUUCUAUCACAUUCCUUUGAGUUGGAGGCGAAAACAAAAACUGUUUUUUAUAGUCCACCAGCAGUAGUAACUUAUCGUGUUCCUACAAAAUCCACCUUGCAGGAGGCAUUCUCAACUCCAAUCCUACCACUUGAAAUCCUAGCUGAUAGGCCUCCGGUGAAGAAGCUUGACUGGGCAAAGAAGCUGCUGGCUAAAUACGGAUCCCUUGUUUCGGUGGUAAUCAUUGUUGUCUUGUUCGUGUACCUGGUGGCCUCUCCAUCCAGUGGUGCCAAGGGUAGCAAGAAGAAGCGCUAAUCAACAAACUUAUGUGCGUUGCAACCUCAUUGCCCUCUAUUCUGUAACUGGUGCUGCUGGUUUUUGGGUUCUGUUUUUGUUAGUACAAUUUUCACACUUGUAGCAUUAGACACUAGACGUGAGAUAGCAUGAUAGUACAUCGGCCUCUCUUGAUAUUUAACUCUCCAUAAAAAGUCUUCAUAUUGAUGUUUUGCUUUUGUUGA